AUGACUCCAUCCAACUUUGAACCAGUAUCUCCCAUCGACCUCACCGUCGACUCCCAAACUCGCUCCCACCGCACUACACGCUUCACCAACGACCCAGACCUCGACGAGAAAUCAGAUAUCAAAGCAACCACUCGCUCCAUUCGCACAAAUUCAACGGCCUCCACACGCUCUUCCACCGGGGGCGGCAACCCGCGCGUGCGGCGGGCUCGCUUUGCCGAAGCGACUUCUGUCUUCUCGCCCGCCUCAGGUCCUGGCGAGAGUCAAUCGCCCUUUGCCGAUCCGAUGGAGAACGCCAACACUCCAGGACCCAAACCAUCAGAUGUGGGAUUCGGCUACAUCGCAGACAAUCAACCCGUCGAGCAGACGGUGUACAUUCGAAGUGAUCCCAAUGGUGCCGCCGGACAGCCUCUCAAAUCGGCCAUGAAGACGCCAGGCACCGCAUCCAGAAUGUUGAACCCUCUCUCUCCGACAUUUCGAGAAGAACAACUCCUCGAGAAGGAGGAGAUGAAGACGGAGAUCCAACAGGCCAAAGAUCUGAAAGUCAAAACCCGUGUACGCAUGGCCAAAAUGGUCCUCCGAGGCGUCAAUUUUUCUUGUUCCCUAAUCGUCCUCGCCAUGCUCUCGACGGUCCUGACAAUCUUCCACGCCACCAAAUCGCUCCCACCCCGAAAUAACCUGCCGCCAUGGGCGAACGGCCAACAACUCUGGCCGCAAAUCGUUGUGUUGUCUGUUGCUUGUGUUUCGCUCCUCUUCUCCAUCAUUGUCAUUUUGGCGCAUUGCCGUGGUGGACACAAGCGUGCAGAGAAGGUCGCCGUAUAUUACACCAUGUUUGCGGUUGGGUGGUUCAUGUUCAGUAUUGUCAUGUGGCUCGUUGGCGCGGGCAUCUUGCACGGCAGCAAAGCCUCGGGCAACGGACAGGACCUGUGGGGCUGGUCCUGCAAGGACAACAAACGUCGACAACUCUUCGAAGAUGAUAUCCAUUACGCCCUUGUGUGUCGGCUCCAAGAUUGGUCCUUGAUCUGCUGCAUCAUCGAAGUUGUUGUCGAGGUGAUCGUGAUCGCCAUCUACGGCAUUGUCUUCUACAGAUUCUGGAGCAAGAACCGACUCAGGAAAUCCAUGGACGCACGCGAUCGCGCCAGAACCGAUCUGUACCUCGCCCAAUUGAGGACACAAUCUGCGCCAAAUACGCCGGGCUUUGCUCAAACGCCCAGAACUCCUGGAUUCCCCUCUGCACUCAAGACUCCUAGAGAUAUGUACUCGGCUGCAGAACAAGGCACCUCCCCGACACAAUUCGCCUCGCCGAACAGUAAUACCACUGCAUCACCAUUCAAACUCCAAGCUCCACCCAUCCGAGUAACGAAGGCGACUCCCGUGUCAACCGCCACGGAGGGCAUCAGCUCACCGAGACUCUUGUCAUCGUCAUCACCACCUCCUCAACCGCCCAUGUCUCCUCCGCCGGAGGAGCGGAUACACGAACAUAUGGGCGCGGCGCCCGGAGAACAGCAAUACGAGGCCGUCCCGAUUCCUGGGGCAAAUUACGUCCCCCCCAGUCACAACCAAGAGCAGCCGGGGCAGGCGUAUUAA